AUGUCUGUCUCUCAAGGGGAUGAAGCGUUUACACCGGACCUUUUAAAAUUUUUUUACUCAAGAUUAUUUCCUUUCAAAACUUAUGUCAACUGGUUGAAUUAUGGCAUUGAUUCCAAUAACGCAUUCAAAGCUCGUGAGCUCAGUUUCACUCUGUCUUCGGAUGCAUAUAUACGUUUUCAAUCAUUCAACGGAGCUGAAGACUUGAAGGCAGAGAUCAUGAAAUUGUGUCCUACAAAGAUCGAUAUUGGCGCAAUUUAUACAGCUAAACCAAGAGACAAAAAGGCUACUCGAGCAUCUGCCUUUAAACCUAUUGAGAAAGAACUAAUAUUUGAUAUUGAUAUGACUGAUUAUGAUGAAAUUCGAACUUGUUGCAGUGGUGCAUCUGUAUGCCAUAAAUGCUGGAAAUUUAUGACUGUAGCAAUCAAGAUAAUUGACACUGCUCUUAGAGAGGAUUUCGGAUUUAAACACUUACUUUGGGUAUAUUCUGGUCGACGUGGUGUUCAUUGCUGGGUUUGCGAUGAAUUCGCUCGCAAGUUGAGCAAUGAAAUUAGAUCUGCAAUUGUAUCAUAUCUUGCGGUCAUAAAGGGUGGUGCUCAAGUCAAUAAGAAAGUACACUUUAACAAAAUUUUGCAUCCAUUUCUUAGGCGGUCUUUAGACAUCAUCGAUAAAUACUUUGAGGAUAUCGUAUUGAAAGAUCAGGAUGUAUUGGGUUCUGAAGAAAAUUGGUCCAAGGUCUUAAACUGCAUCCCAGAUGAUGAAAUAAUAAAAAAAUUGACCAAUAAAUGGAACUCGUCGAAUUUCAAAUCCUCUGUCGAAAAAUGGAAGGAGUUGGUUAGUGAACUAGACAAUGCUGCAAAUGUUUCAGGAAAAAAGUUUUCAAAGAAAACCGAUCAACUUCAAUUCUGUAAAUUUGAGAUAAUGUUUCAAUAUACUUAUCCAAGAAUUGAUGAAGCAGUAUCUAAAAACAUAAAUCAUUUAUUGAAGGGUCCCUUUUGUGCACAUCCAAAAACAGGACGAAUUUGUGUACCGAUUCAACCGGAAGAUUGUGAAAACUUUGAUCCAUUUAAAGUACCAACAGUUUCUUCCAUAUACCACGAAUUGAACCAAUAUACUGAAGGAGAGCGAAAGGUUCAUGAUUACGAGAAAACAUCAUUAAAGCCGUAUAUCAAAUAUUUUGACGUCUUUGUCAAUGGUAUUUUGACAGAAGUUCGGCACAAAAAUCGCGAUAAUUAUUUCAUUGAUUUAAAAAAACAUUCAGAGCGCACAUUUCAUACUACUUCACCAGUAUUAAAACGUCGUCCUCAGGAAAUAAAGAAAAAAAACAUUGCGAAAAAAUUAUCUAAAUUAGAAGCCGAAAAGGCAUCGAUGCCUGAUCCGAUUGUUGGAAUUCCCUCAGAAUUCACAAAAUCUUUACUUCAACCUUUAAACGUUUAUAAAGGGGCAGCUGAUCCAAACGCACCUCAGUAUAUGAAUUAUUUUCUUAACGAAAAAGAUGAAGAUCUGUUAUUUGAAAAAACACCAAUGAAAGUUGCCGAAGAAGUUGAAAAAUCACAUAAAGUUGGAAGUGAAGAAGUUGACAAUUUAAUAGGAUUGAUUGAAGAAGAAAAAAAAAAGGCUGAAAUAUUGAAAUCAUUGGUUAGUUUACAUAAUUCGAAUGCGAAAAGCAUUAUGAUGUAUAAUGUUAAAAAAACGGUUGAAGAAUUUGGUAGGAAUGAGAAUGAUACUGGAAGCGCAGAAGUCCAAGCUGCGAUAUUGACAGUACGUAUCCUAAACCUUUAUGGACAUCUCCAAAAUAACCGCAAAGAUAAACACAAUUAUCGUGGUUUACGAAAGUUGGUACAUAAACGUCAAAAACUUUUAAAGUAUUUGAAAAGAGAAAGUUUGGAAAGAUAUUUUACAACUAUCAAAAAACUUGGACUAGAUGAAAGAGUAAUUGAGGGUGAAAUCGUGAUUUGA